GCCUCCCCUUCGCGACCAUGGGCAUGAUCUUCUCCGCACUCUUUGACGGCUCCCAGUUCGACGGGGUGAUGGGCGCGCCCGGCGUCCCUCCCCGCACCAAGUGGCCAACACCGUGGCUCACAAGCAGGCCGCCUACUACAUGGAGGUGGCCAAGCACGCCACCAGCAACGCGCUGGAGCUUGAGAAUGCCCGGAGGACG